AUGAUUAAACCUCCAGAAUCCAAUUUGGAACAAUCGAAGAUUGUAUAUCGCUCACAACAGAAUAUCAAAUCGAAUCAAAGGUCUCAAUGCUCAGUUUCACGACUGAUUUGUAUUCAAUUAUUAAUUUUAUUAGCACUUCUUGUCUUAGCAGCGAUUACCAUUCCAAUUGUAGUUCUUAUACUUGAUAAUCGUUCAUCACCAUGUUCAUCAACUUAUUCGGAUACUUUUACCAAUGGUGUGACACCAACAGCAGCUCAAUGUGCAAAUUGGCAACAAUUUAAAACAAGUUUAACUUGUUCAUCGUAUUCCAAAAUGCGCUUUUAUGGUUCAAAAGAUCUUGUUGGUGUUACUGUAUCUGAUCCAUCUGCUGUCAUUGCACUGGUAGUUGCUUUAAAGUAUAACACAACAGUGACUGCACUAUCAAAUGGGGUUUACUGGAGAGUUGGCAUAUGUGGAAGUGGUUUUGAGAUAUCUGCAAAUGGAUUUUGUGCUUGUGCAGCAAAUUAUGCAUUGAGACCAUGUCACAGUAAUUCAGAUUGGGGAGGAAUGGGCAGUCCAACAUGUAGUUCGGCAACACAAACAUUAUCACUUUAUUUUGAAUAA